UUCCACCUUCCCCAUUUUUCUCCUUUUCAAAAAACCAAUUUUAAAACAUUUUUGUUUUUCAUUUCUAUCUAUUUAUCUGCUAUUUUUAUCAGAAUUCAAUAGUCUUCCUUUCCCAUCUCUUCAGUUCACACGCCUUGUCUUCUCUAUAUAUUUGCCACCACCACUGCCUCUCUUCUUCCAUAAAUCCUCAAUCAUCUCUUUCAUUAAUUUUCUUUUUUUUUUAUUUUAUUUUCCCUUUGCACUCCAAUUGGUAAAGCAAAGAUGGCUAAACUUGUUAACCUUUUCGUCCUAACCCUCCUCCUCGUUUCCACUCUAUCCUUUGCCGCCCGCUCUGGCCCAGCUUUCCCUCACGACUCUCCUGCAAAAAUCCAAGCUGAGGGUGUAGAGACAGAGCUGAAUAAUGAUGCGGUUGAAGAUCGCUGUGAAGGAGUUGUUCAAGAAGAGUGUUUGAUGAGAAGAACUGUUGCUGCUCAUAUUGACUAUAUCUAUACUCAGAAGCAGAAUCCAUGAGACACUUUCCCUUCUUCUCUUCUUCUUCUUCUUGUUCUUAACUAUGAAUUUGUUAUACGUGUUAGUGUUUUCUACUUUUUCUGGGGUUUGUUUCUUCCUUGAUCACACUGGGGAUGUCAUCAGAGGUCUGUAUCUUCCAUAUUCUGAUCAAGUUUGGUAAAAAGGGUUUGAACUUGUCAUAUAUUUUCUAAAAUUUUCAUAAUGCUAAACAUAUAAUAAUUUGGUGUGCAUAACAUCAAAAUAUUAAGCUUAUGUUAACAGUCUUUUAACUGUUUCCUCUUUCUAAUGCUGCAUUUGAUCAAUUUUCCUUUAAUGCUUUUGCUACAUAUAUUAUUUAAUUGGUUAGUGAAUGCUUCUGUUUAGGGAUCGGAAGAUAUUCAUGAAUCAUGAUUGCAAAACCAUCACUAAUGCAGGGCUGGGAACAGCUGUUAAUCACAUAUAUAGUGCAUG